AUGACAACCGCGCUUCUCGAGACACCAGUCCAACUCGAUACUACGCUCAAUGACGAUGGCCUUGCGGAUCCCUCUAGCCCUGCUGUCAUCCCCGAAACCAUGACAACUGCGCUUCUCGAGACACCAGUCCAACUCGAUACUACGCUCAAUGACGAUGGCCUUGGGAUCCCUCUAGCCCUGCAAAUACCGGUAUUUAUGAUCACCGUUCCAAGACAGGUGGCGGCGUCGCCAGUCAAGAUGCAGCGCAAGAUGCCUUUCAGAUCGCUACCCAUCCAGAUGUCAAGAACGUCCAUGAUUCUGAGAGCUUGA